GGCCGGAACUCGGAGGGGUGAGGGGUGAGAGUGCGGACCUACUGGGUCGUGCCUUCGAGGGCGUUUGGAAACUGGGACUACCAGGUCCUAGAGAGGAGGAGGGUGAAGGUCCGGACUCCCGGGUCUCCCGGGUCUUAGGGUGGGGGCUGCUAGGCUCCUGGGCUCCUGCGGGAUGGGGUCUGGACCCCUGGAUCUCUGAGGAGCGUGUGGGCGAUUGACUCGUGGUUACCCCGGGAAAGGCACUGGGGAUGCCUGGUUUCCCAAGGAAAGAGUAUCAGGGCAGCUUUUUGGGGAGAGAGAGGGUGGGAACCUGGAUGGAUGUGCGAGGCCAGGAUGUGAAGCCAGACAUCCCCCGAGGCCUCAGGACCGGGAGGGCUGGAGGGUGGGAUUUUUCACGGAAGUCGUGGGGGGAUGCGCAGAGGGGCACCCUCCUCCCCCGUCCUCAGUUUCCACGACGCUGGUGGAAAGUUGGCCCAGAGGGGAAAGUGCGGAGCAAAAGGAAGGAAACGGCGGAGGCGGGCGCAGCACCCGAAACCUGAGAUUGGCUUUGGAGUUCUCAGGCGGCUUCAAUGUGCCAGUUUUUCCGCGCGGGAGGGUGAGGAGGGCGCCCAGAUCCCCACCCCCACCCCCAGCUUGGGUCCUGAUUACUUCUCUCCUCCAUCUCCACCCCUCCCCACCCCUGCAGUGAGCCGGAAUGAACGCAACCACUGCCCAUCCCAGACAGUGAAAAAGCUCCUGGAAGAACAGAGACGCCGCCAGCAACAGCCUGGCCAGCAACAGCCUGACGCUGGUGGGGCACCGGGACAGUUCCCACCUCUCCUGGCCCAGCCCCUGACCCCAUCUGUGAACCAGGCUGAGGUUGGCCAUACUCACUUCCCAGCCCACCAGGAGACUGUGGGUUCUGGACUGGGCAAUCUGGCCCCUGCCACAGGCUUUCCAGAUUGGAACCCCAACACGCAUGGUGCCUACACAGACAGCUUCUACUCUUAUCCUACUUCUGCUGCUGAAAGUUUCCUGACUUCUGACUUCUGCCCACCCUCGGACCCAGGGCAGCCAUAUCCAUUUCCCAUGGGAAUGGAGGUGGGAUCUUGGAAAGGGUCUGGACUUACCUCAGGACCCCCACAGAUGCCUCCUGUGGUCACUGGACCAUCCCUGGACACAGCCCGUGCUCAUAUGGUAGCCUUGGGGCCACAGCAGCUACUGGCCCAGGAUGAGGAGGGAGACACGCUCCUGCACCUGUUGGCGGCUCGGGGGCUGCGUUGGGCAGCAUACGCUGCAGCUGAGGUGUUCCAAAUGUACAGAUAUCUGGAUGUUCGUGAGCAUAAGGGCAAGACCCCUCUUCUGGUGGCUGCUGCUGCCAACCAGCCCCUAAUUGUGGAGGAUCUACUGAACCUGGGAGCGGAGCCCAAUGCUACUGAUCAUCAGGGACGUUCUAUCUUGCAUGUGGCUGCUACCUAUGGGCUCCCUGGAGUCCUCUCGGCUGUGAUUAACUCAGGGGUUCGAGUUGACUUAGAAGCCAGAGACUUUGAGGGCCUCACCCCCCUCCACACAGCCAUCUUGGCCCUCAAUGUUGCCAUGUUUCCACCUGACCUCUGGCCCCGGGUGCUGAGUACUCAGGCCCGAGACAGGCUGUCUUGUGUCCAGAUGUUGCUACACAUGGGUGCUGAUCAUACCAGCCAGGAAAUCAAGAGCAACAAGACUGUUCUGCAUUUGGCUGUGCAGGCCGCCAACCCCACCCUGGUUCAGCUGCUGCUGGAGCUGCCACAGGGGGACCUGCGGGCCUUUGUCAACAUGAAGGCCCAUGGGAACACAGCCCUCCACAUGGCAGCUGCCCUGCCCCCUGGGCCACCCCAGGAGGCCAUAGUGCGGAGCCUGCUGGCAGCUGGGGCAGAUCCAACACUGCGCAACCUGGAGAACGAGCAGCCUGUCCACCUGCUGCGGCCUGGGCCGGGCCCUGAGGGGCUCCGGCAGCUACUGAAGAGGAGCCGUGUGGCACCCUCAGGCCUGUCCUCUUAGGACUCAACCCAGAACCUGGACUGAUUUUUCCAGUCCCCACCGUCCUGUGGGACAGUCAGCGUAUGCCAAUGUUGCAAAUCCAUGAUAAUGUAUGUGGAAUGUCCUGCCAUUGGGGUCUUACAUUAAAACCUCAAAGUGGCUGCUUGGGGGGGUGGGUAAACAGUCCCCAAUAUUUGGGGUGGUAUGCUAUUCCUCCCCCACUCACAAGGAGCCCCCUUAAUGAUUUUUGUGAAAUCGAGGCCCCUUGAUUGUUUCUGUGAAACACCCUGGACUCCCCCUAACCCUUUCCCCACUUAGCUCUUCACACUUGGAAACUGAGAUGGAAUUCCCCUACAUGGUACUUGGGGCAUCCCAAAACAGCUCCUGGUAUCAUCCCAGUAGAAUUAAGAUGAACCCCCCAACUUCUUUAGGUCCUUAACCCUGACAUAGGAAGGACUCUGCUAGGUUAGAAUCCCCUAGGUUCUACUGCUUUCUAAUUCAGAACUAACCAGGCCCCUGUCCCAGACAUCUGCAUUUCCAGUGACUCCCUCCCUGAAAUUCCUUAUUAAACUUA